AUGACUGCAGAUAUUGAUCUUCUGAAUCAAGAUUCAAUAUCUGAGUUUAUGCACCCUAUGAAAGUGAAUCAAUUUUAUACUUGCAUAAAAACCUUGAGAAAGGAUGCUCUUGAACUCAUAUCUGAAACUGGACUUAGUGCUGCUAAACCAGCUCCUACACCUAUGGACACUACUACAAAGCUAACCACUAGUGAGUAUGAUCAGCAUAUCAAAGAAACUGAUCAAGAUUGUGAUGUGCUUACCGGCCAAGGUGCCUAUCAAAGACUUGUAGGCAAGCUGUUGUAUCUAACAGUAACCAGACCAGAUAUAGCAUAUAGUGUACAAACACUAAGCCAAUUCCUACAGAAACCAAAAAAGUCUCACAUGAAUGCAAAUCUUAGAAUUGUUAAGUAUAUCAAGGGCAAACUCGGGCAAGGUUUACUAUUGUCUAACAACAAAAAGGAUGUACUCAUAGUCCAUUGUGAUGCAGACUGGCUGCUUGUGCAUUCUCUAGGAAAUCUAUCACAGGGUACAUUAUCUAUCAAGCUUGGUGAUUUAGUCAUCUCAUGGAAGUCAAAGAAGCAGACUAUUGUGUCUAGAAGCUUAGCUGAAUCUGAGUAA